CCCACUGCCGGGGGGUCCCACCCGCGAGCGGGGCGGGUGCUCGAGCGCGGCCGUGGAGCGAGGCCAUGCAGCAGGUCCUGGACAACCUAAUGGGGCUCCCGGGGACCCCGGGGGUGGCCGACCUUGACCUCAUCUUCCUCCGCGGCAUCAUGGAGAGCCCCAUCGUGCGCUCCCUGGCCAAGGCCCACGAGCGGCUGGAGGAGCGGAAGCUGGAGGCGGUGCGCGGGGACAACCUGGCGCUGGUGCAGGAGAUCCUGCGGGACAUCGGGCGCCUGGCGCGGCCCGACGUGCAGGCAGCGGCGGCGGAGCUGGCCAGGAUCCUGCGGGAACCUCACUUCCAGUCGCUGCUGGAGACCCACGACUCGGUGGCUGCCAAGAGUUACGAGCCUCCCCCGAGCAGCCCCGGCCCGGAGGCGUCCCUGGGCUCGCAGCCCGUGCCCCCCGAUGCCGUGCGCAUGGUGGGCAUCCGCAAGGCAGCCGGGGAGAACCUGGGGGUGACGUUCCGGGUGGAGCGGGGGGAGCUGGUGAUCGCCCGCAUCCUGCACGGGGGGAUGGUGGCGCAGCAGGGGCUGCUGCACGUGGGGGAUGUGAUCCGCGAGGUGAACGGGAGAGAGGUGGGCAGCGACCCGCGGGCGCUGCAGGACAGCCUGCGCCACGCCAGCGGCAGCGUCGUGCUCAAGAUCCUGCCCAGCUACCAGGAGCCCCACCCGCCCCGCCAGGUGUUCGUCAAGUGUCACUUCGACUACGACCCGGCCACCGACAGCCUCAUCCCCUGCAAGGAGGCCGGGCUCAAGUUCAUGGCCGGGGACCUGCUGCAGAUCGUCAACCAGGAUGACCCCAACUGGUGGCAGGCGUGCCACGUGGAGGGCGGCAGCGCGGGGCUGGUGCCCAGCCAGCUGCUGGAGGAGAAGCGCAAGGCCUUCGUCAAGCGGGACGGGGAGGUGGCCCCCACGUCGGGGGCCCUGUGCGGCAGCCUCAGCGGGAAGAGGAAGAAGAGGAUGAUGUACCUGACGACGAAGAACGCGGGUGAGUGUCCCGGGGCACUGCCCGGGGGGGCGGUGGUGGCACCCGCUGGGACAGGGUGCCCCGGGGUCCCCGGGGAUGGUGCCAGCCCUGUCCCCCGCCCAGAGUUCGACCGGCACGAGCUGCUGAUCUACGAGGAGGUGGCGCGGAUGCCGCCGUUCCGCCGGAAAACGCUGGUGCUGAUCGGGGCUCAGGGCGUGGGGCGCCGCAGCCUCAAGAACAAGCUGAUCAUGUCUGACCAGGCGCGCUACGGCACCACCAUCCCCUACACGUCGCGGAAGCCGAAGGAGAGCGAGCGGGACGGGCAGGGCUAUCGCUUCGUGUCGCGGGGCGAGAUGGAGGCGGACAUCAAGGCCGGGCGGUACCUGGAGCACGGCGAGUACGAGGGGAACCUGUACGGAACCAGGAUCGACUCCAUCCGCGCCGUGCUGGAGGCGGGCAAGAUGUGCAUCCUGGACGUGAACCCGCAGGCCGUGAAGGUGCUGAGGACGGCGGAGUUCGUGCCCUACGUGGUGUUCAUCGAGGCCCCCGGGCCCGAGAGGCUGCGAGCCAUGAACCGGGCGGCCCUGGAGAGCGGCGUGGCCACCAAACAGCUCACGGAGGCGGACGCCCAGCGCACGGUGGAGGAGAGCAGCCGCAUCCAGCGCGGGUACGGGCACUACUUCGACCUGAGCCUGACCAACGAUGACCUGGAGCGCACCUUCGGGCGGCUGCGGGAGGCCAUGGAGCACCUGCGUGUGCAGCCCCAGUGGGUCCCCGUCACCUGGGUCUAUUAGGGACCCCACAAACCCUCCCCUCGACCCCCCGAACCCACCCAGGAGGGCCGGGGGGGCCCAGGGGGUUGUGUCUCACCCGGAGGUGCGAUGAGCUCGCCGUGCCCAGCCCCGCGGGGGGCGGGGGGCGGCUCUCUGCAGACCCCCCCCGGCCCAAGCCCGACCCCUGUGUCCCCCCCACACCGCCCCAAAUGUGGGGAGGGGCAGAGGCGGCCGGAGGGGUCCCGAGGGGGGCUCAGCCCCCACCCAGCUGAGUCACUGCCAGAGCCUGGGGGAGCCCCCCUGUUCCAGCUGGGGACUGGGGAUGGGGGUGCGGGUUUGGGGGGUCACACCCAGCCCUGACCUGGCCCCGGGUGUCCCCUCCUGUCCCCCAGGCCACAACCCCUCCCCGGGGGGUUCUCCCGAUACCAGGGUGGGGGUCCCUCACUGUCCCUCGUGUCCUCUGUCACCCCUUCCCGGGUAGCAAUAACCCCCUCCCCGUAAUUAACCCUUAACUAACCCUUAACUGACCUUGUAAUUAACCCUGUAAUUAACCCAGCGGGGGGCUGUGGCUGCGGACUCGCUGGCGGGGGUCUGGGGUGGUGACACGGGG